CUCCUCCCCUCAGAGCGUCACUCUACAGCUCUGCCCUUAAUAGCAAAGCGACUCCACUAUCGUGCAGUUCCAGCGGAGCCGCCGGUUAUUACGGUCAGUGACACAUAUAUCAUUCCGCAGGGCAUUUUCAGAAAAGCUGCAGUGAUUUUACAAGCUUUCGAAUAGCACAAAUGGCAAAGAAGGCCACUUCGCUUUUCCUCCGGGCUCUGGAGAUGUCAGAAAGACAGUCGUGCGAUGUUAUGAGGAGAAACUCCAACUGCACCAUCAGACAUUUGAGCUCAUGUGGUAUCUUAGCUACACGGCCAGUAAGCUUACCUCCUCCUUCAGCAUCUUCUCAGAUGGUGCCCACCCGGAGCUUCAUUAACUUAUCAGCCCCCCUCAUAGCACGGAGAAUGGAGUACUCAGAGAGACGGAGCAUUGCUUACUCACCUGAGCAGAUGUACAACAUUGUUGCCAAUGUGGACCAGUACCAGCAGUUUGUGCCUUGGUGCAAGAGGUCAAAGGUAACGAAGGGGCGGAAUGGGGACAUGCGAGCUCAGCUUGAAAUUGGGUUCCCCCCAUUUGUCGAACGCUACACCUCUGAGGUCACAGUCAUCCCAAGCCACCAAGUCCGAGCGGUGUGUACAGACGGGACACUCUUCAAUCACCUUGAGACAUUGUGGCGAUUCACUCCUGGAGCUGCAGGCCAGGCCGAAUCCUGCAAUGUGGAGUUCUUUGUGUCAUUUGAGUUCAAAUCUCUGCUCCACUCACAAUUAGCGACAGUAUUUUUUGAUGAGGUGGUCAAACAGAUGGUCAACGCUUUUGAGACGCGAGCAACCAAACUUUACGCCACAGGUGUUCAUCGACAGAAGACUUCAUUCAGAAGAGCAACUCAUUGUUAAAAUGGAUACAAGGAGAUACAUAACCACAUAACUUGUUAAAAUGUUCUGGAGAAGAACAGCUUUUUUUAAAAUCCAGUUUGUUGGAUUUUAAGGCCAGCACAUAUUUUUGCUGGGAAAAAAAGAACACGUUUGAGAAUCCUAUUUAUUUAAACCAGAUAUAAUAAUUUAUUGAGAUGAGUGUGUCUGUACAAUUUAUAUAUUAUCUGUGGAGUGAAAGAGAAAGAUGAUUGCAGUAAAAAUUGUUGAGGAUGAAUGCUUUUUCAUAUUUAUGAUCAUUAUAUUCACACACUUGACAAAAGGGAAAAAAUUAGCUCUAAAUUAUUAUUGAGUGCACUUUUUCUAGACUUGUAAUAAAACAAUAAUAUAUUUACUUAAAACUGUUUUUUUUUUUUUCAUGAUUUAUGUGCUGUCAGAACCACACAACACUAGUCAUCCAAAGUUUAAUCCUUAAGAAAAAAACAAAAACAAA